AUGCGCCGGAGAGACCGUUUUGUCUUUUGUGCCGAAGCUAUUUAUGAAUCACAGGCCGAAAACAGUGAAAUCAAGGGGCAUUACUUGAAUGCGGCUGCGGGUACAUGUGAAGAAAUGAUUAAGAGAGCUGUAUUUGCAAGAGAAUUAGGGGUUCCUAAUGUAAUGCAUGACUACUUAACUGGGGGAUUCACCGCAAAUACUACUUUGGCUCAUUAUUGCCGUGACAAUGGCCUACUUCUUCACAUUCACCGUGCAAUGCAUGCAGUUAUUGAUAGACCGAAAAAUCAUGGUAUGCAUUUCCGUGUAUUAGCUAAAGCAUUGCAUAUGUCUGGUGCAGAUCAUAUCCACUCCGGUACAGUAGUAGGUAAGUUAGAAGGGGAACAUCGUGCUCGCAGUAUCUUUUUCACUCAGGACUAG